CUCCCGCAGGCACGCCGAGGCGCGAACAUCCGCCGCACGCGCCGCGUCUCUGCUCAGACCAGACACCGAUCCAUCUGGACUGGGCUCCUCACAUUGUCAUUUGAGCUUGUCUACCACCGUCAUGACCGACCCAGCUGACGCUGCAGCCAACUCGCUCGGCCUCGAUCUGGACGCCCUCAAGAUCAAGGACGACCCCGAAUCGUCUGGCUCGCCCGCAGCGUCCAAAGAUGACAAGUCUCAGGCUGGGUCUGAACCUUCCGAGAAGACGGAAGAUCCCAAGCCAGGGGAUAUGUAUGACGAAUGGGAUGCGCCUCCCGGAUGGGGGGAUGAGGAGGAGACAAAGUCACCGACCUCUAAGCCCAAGAAGAAGGAGAAGGGCGAGCCGUCUCAGCAGCGAGAGAAGAAGAACCCGUAUAUCAAUCCAGAGCGUGUCAAGACUGGUGGUACCCAGCGUGACAAGUUGAGCGAGGAGGAGCUCGCAGAACGCAUGACGCGCAUUCGGGAGCAGAACGAGAAGAUUAAGCAAAGGCGUAUGGAUGUACAAGCGGACGAAGACGCAUUCAAGAAGACCCAGGAGGUAGAUCGUGUCAAGGCAGCAAAGACCAAGAAAGUGCAGGAGAAUAUCGACCGCACCCGCGAGCAGAACGCUCGCCGGAAGUUGGACAAGAUUCAGAACCGUGAGUGGGAUGCCGGGAAACCGACUCGAAGCGACUGGAAGUCGUCCAAGAAGACUGAGGAGGGCGAUGAGGCGGCAAAUGGAUCUCGUCCUUCCGUCGGCAUCCGUGGUGCUGUGCGUGGCGGUGGCGGAGGACGUGGUCGCGGAAGAGCGCCGUCCAGCCCUACAGUUGAGAAGAGUGAGACGGAUGUUGAAGAACCGACAACCACACCGGCCGCUGCUGCAGAAGCGCCGGCGGCCGCUGCAUGAAGAAUUCUUGAAGCCGCGAAGUGAACGCUAAGUGUAUAUGCUACCACCUGUAUCGCGACCGCGAGUUCGCAAAGCGCGAGGACUGCUGUGUUAUGCUCUGUUCUCUGGAUCUCAUACGAUGUAUACCAUUAGCAUGCAAUGUCAUGAGCUACUAGUAGUCACCUGAACGUCACCGCAUGCGCUGCAGCAAACUCAGUGCAGACCGUACAGGUCGACACAGUGCGGAACGUCUCUACAGCACGAGUAACAAGUGGCAUCCAGAACCGCGCUACACACAACGUCGGACUCGUGAAGACGGGAUGUACGUAGGACAAUCACGUUCACCAACGCGGCGACAUAGUGAAAGCAAA